AGCUACCAGUAGCCUCAACCAGAUUUUACAAUGUAAGUGCGGAUUGAUACUGAUUGUAAGCUGCAUGCUGUAAACAUUUACCAUCUUCCUAAUGCUUGCAAAUUUAUCGAAUGUACGCGUUUCAAUCAUUACUAAUAGAGAGCAGUUCAAGAGCUAUGUCAGCAAUCGAUGGUGCCAUGAGUUUGUGGAGAACUCAAACGUGUGUGCGGUUCAAGAAAAGGACAACUGAGAGCGCUUAUGCCUACUUUCACAUUGGCUCAGGAUGCACGUCAUAUGUGGGACGGACAGGAAGAAGACAGAUGGUUUCCCUUGCCAGUGGAUGCUGGAACCCGCGCACUGUUGCACAUGAGAUUGGUGGGUUUGUACUCCGAGCAUUUUUUAAAUUUCAUUCAGGAUUUGAGUAUGCUUUCAAGAAGUACCCACGCUCCACAAUUGAUUCUCUUGGCACUCCAUACGACUACAGGAGUGUGAUGCACUACCAGAGUUACGCCUUCAGCGCAAACAGAAGACCGACCAUUGUAGCCAAGAAACAAGGAGUUACUCUAAGUAACAAAAAAGGCCCAUCAGAGAUAGACGUGAAGCAGAUGAAUCUGUUGUACAAAUGCAGUGGAGGAGGAGGGGAAGGGGGCGGAGGAGGGGGUAGUGAGAGUAAGUUUCACCAAAUGCUUGGUUGAUAUUUCGGUGCAUCUCUCUGUAACAGACUGAU